AUGUCCUUCUUUGAUGUGGAAAGCAGAAAUUGGUCUACUGCUCAGGAGUUCAUCUUUUCUGCUUUCCCCCAUGACUGGGGAGAUUCUGUCAUCUGCUUUGUCCCAUUGCUCUUUAUUUAUGCCUUUAUCAUUGUUGGAAACUUGGUCAUUGUCAUAGUGGUCCAGACAGAUACCCAUCUCCACACCCCCAUGUAUUUUUUUAUAAGUUCCCUCUCUUUCCUGGAGCUCUGGUACACCACAUCUACUAUCCCACUUAUGCUCUCCAACCUGCUUAGUGAGAAAAAGAGCAUUUCCUUAAAUGGCUGUAUGGUGCAGCUGUAUUUUUUCCAUUCCACAGGCAUUAGUGAAGUGUGCCUUUUGACAGCCAUGGCCUUUGAUCGCUAUUUGGCCAUCUGCAAACCCCUUCAUUAUCCAACCAUUAUGACACCCAAAUUAUGUGUCCAAUUAACCCUUGUCUGCUGUAUCUGUGGCUUCAUCACACCCCUGCCUGAGGUUGUGUGGAUCUCCACACUGCCCUUCUGUGGCUCCAAUCACCUGGAGCAUGUCUUCUGUGACUUCCUCCCACUCCUCCGUCUGGCCUGCACAGACACCCGGGCUAUUGUCAUGAUCCAGGUAGUUGAUGUGGUCCAUGCUGCAGAGAUUGUCACAGCUGUGCUACUCAUUUUCCUCUCUUAUGCUGGUAUUGUGGCUGUAAUCUUGCGCAUCCGUUCAGCUGAAGGUCGCAGAAAAGCUUUCUCUACCUGUGCUUCCCACCUCAUAGUCUUCUUAUUGUUCUUCGGCAGUGUAGCACUCAUGUACCUGCGUUUCUCAGCCACAUAUUCCUUGUUCUGGGACACAGUGAUUGCCCUGUCAUUUACUGUUCUGUCCCCAUUUUUCAACCCUAUUAUCUAUAGCCUGAGGAAUAAAGAGAUUAAAGAGGCUGUGAAAAAAACAUACAAGUCAGCCAAGAAUCUUUUCCUGUAA